GGCGUUGACGUUUUACAAUGCCUGAUCAAGACAGAAAGGUGAAGACCACAGAAAAAUCAACCGAUAAAAAACAGCAAGGAAUCACCACCACCAGGGACUAUUCAGAUCUGAAAAGACUUCGGUGCCUUUUGAACGUCCAAUCAAGCAAACAACAGCUUCCAGCCAUUACCUUCGAUAGUGCCCAAAAUAGCAUGACGAAGUCUGAGCCCGCCAUCAAGGCGGGUGGACACAGAGCUCGAGGUCAGUGGCACGAGUCCACCGAAGCUGUUGAACUUGAAAAUUUUAGUAUAAACUACAAGAAUGAGAGGAAUUUCAGCAAACAUCCCCAGCAUCAACUAUUUCAGGAGAUCUUUACAGCGUUGGUGAAAAAUAGGCUCAUAUGCAGAGAGUGGGUUAAUCGAGCCCCAUCUAUUCACUUUCUGAGAGUGUUAAUCUGUCUGAGACUACUCAUGAGGGAUCCAUGUUACCAGGAAAUACUCUACAGCUUGGGUGGGAUUGAAAACCUAGCUCAGUACAUGGAGAUCGUGGCCACUGAGUACCUCAGCUACGGCGAGGAGCAGCACAGUGUGGGCAAGCUGGUCAACAUGACGUAUAUUUUUCAAAAGCUUGCUGCUGUCAAAGACCAAAGAGAAUGGGUCACCACAAGCGGCGCCCACAAGACAUUAGUAAAUUUACUCGGUGCCCGAGAUACCAGUGUUCUGUUGGGUGCCCUUCUGGCUCUGGCGAGUUUGGCUGAAAGCCCAGAAUGUAGGGAGAAGAUAAGUGAACUCAACGUUGUAGAAAAUCUGCUGAUGAUUUUACAUGAAUAUGACUUACUUUCCAAAAGGCUGACUGCGGAGCUGCUGCGCCUCCUCUGUGCCGAGCCCCAGGUGAAGGAGCAGGUGAAGCUCUACGAGGGGAUCCCCGUCCUCCUCAGCCUGCUCCACUCUGACCACCUGAAGCUGCUCUGGAGCGUGGUCUGGAUCCUGGUGCAGGUUUGCGAGGACCCCGAGACCAGUGUGGAAAUCCGCAUUUGGGGAGGCAUCAAGCAGCUGCUUCAUAUUUUACGAGGAGAUAGGAAUUUUGUUUCUGACCGCUCUUCCAUCGGAAGCCUGUCCAGUGCGAAUGCGGCAGGCCGCAUCCAGCAGCUCCAUUUGUCAGAAGAUUUGAGCCCUCGGGAAAUACAAGAAAAUACGUUCUCUCUUCAAGCAGCCUGCUGUGCUGCCCUCACCGAGCUGGUGCUCAACGACACCAACGCCCACCAGGUGGUUCAGGAGAAUGGUGUGUACACCAUAGCAAAAUUGAUUUUACCGAACAAACAAAAGAAUGCAGCAAAAACUAAUCUACUACAGUGUUAUGCUUUCAGAGCCUUGAGGUUUCUCUUCAGUAUGGAAAGAAACAGGCCGCUCUUCAAAAGACUUUUUCCCACCGACUUGUUUGAGAUCUUCAUUGACAUAGGACAUUACGUGCGUGAUAUCAGUGCUUAUGAAGAAUUGGUCUCAAAGUUGAAUUUAUUAGUGGAGGAUGAACUGAUGCAAAUUGCUGAAAAUAUUGAAAGUAUUAAUCAGAAUAAAGCUCCUUCAAAAUAUAUAGGCAACUACGCAAUUUUGGAUCAUCUUGGAAGUGGAGCUUUUGGCUGUGUUUACAAGGUUAGGAAGCGUAGUGGUCAAAAUCUCUUAGCAAUGAAAGAAGUCAAUUUACAUAACCCAGCCUUUGGAAAGGAUAAAAAAGAUCGAGACAGCAGUGUGAAGAAUAUUGUUUCUGAAUUAACCAUAAUUAAAGAGCAGCUUUAUCAUCCCAAUGUUGUACGCUACUACAAAACAUUUCUGGAAAAUGAUAGGUUGUAUAUAGUUAUGGAGCUUAUAGAAGGAGCCCCUCUUGGAGAGCAUUUCAGUUCUUUGAAGGAAAAACAACUUCAUUUUACUGAAGAAAGACUAUGGAAAAUAUUUAUUCAGCUGUGCUUAGCUCUUCGGUACUUGCACAAGGAGAAGAGAAUCGUCCAUAGAGAUGUGACGCCAAACAACAUCAUGUUGGGGGAUAAGGACAAAGUAACAGUGACUGACUUUGGCCUGGCAAAGCAAAAACAAGAGAACAGUAAACUCACAUCUGUUGUUGGAACAAUCCUGUAUUCCUGCCCUGAGGUACUGAAGAGUGAGCCGUACGGGGAGAAGGCUGACGUCUGGGCCGCAGGCUGCAUCCUGUACCAGAUGGCCACGCUGAACCCCCCCUUCUACAGCUCCAACAUGCUCUCCCUGGCUACAAAAAUAGUGGAGGCGGUAUAUGAGCCAGUGCCAGAAGGCAUCUACUCUGAAAAAGUGACAGAUACCAUCAGCAGGUGCCUCACUCCUGACGCAGAAGCCCGCCCAGACAUUGUGGAAGUCAGCUCCCUGAUAUCGGAUGUCAUGAUGAAGUAUUUAGAUAGCUUGUCUACAUCCCAGCUGGCCUUGGAGAAGAAACUGGAACGGGAACGGAGGCGCACACAGAGGUAUUUUAUGGAAGCCAACCGGAACGCCGUCACAUGUCACCAUGAACUGGCUCCACUGUCUCAUGAGACCUUCGAGAAGGCGAGCCUGAGCAGCAGCAGCAGCGGGGCUGCCAGCCUGAGGAGCGAGCUUUCCGAGAGUGCAGACCUGCCCCCCGAAGGGCUCCAGGCCCCCUGUGGAAGGGAAGAAGACAGGGCCUGUGACGAAAUCCUGUCAGAUGAUACCUUCAAUCUGGAAAACAUGGAGAAAGAUAUAUACUCAGAGCUAGACGAUGACUUGGACAUUUCAGACAACUCCAGCAGCUCCAGUUCCAGCCCUUUGAAAGAAUCUACAUUCAGCAUUUUAAAGAGAAGUUUUAGUGCUUCAGGAGGAGAAAGACAAUCCCAAAUGAGGGACUUCACUGGGGGAGUGGUAUCAAGACCAAGACCAGCUUUGCUGCCUCUUGACCUGCUUCUGAAAGUGCCACCCCUCAUGCUCAGGGCCCACAUUAAGGAAGUAGAGGCCGAGCUAGUGACGGGGUGGCAGUCCCACAGCCUCCCCACUGUGAUCCUCCGCAAUCUCAAAGAUCAUGGGCCACAGAUGAGCACAUUCUUGUGGCAAGCGUCUGCAGGGAUCGCUGUAUCCCAGAGGAAAGUCCGUCAGAUCAGUGAUCCCAUUCAGCAGAUCUUAAUUCAGCUGCACAAAAUCAUCUACAUCACGCAGCUUCCUCCAGCGUUGCACCACAAUUUGAAAAGAAGGGUUAUAGAGAGAUUCAAGAAAUCCCUCUUCAGCCAGCAGAGUAACCCUUGUAAUUUGAAAUCUGAAAUUAAAAAGUUAUCUCAGGGAUCUCCAGAACCCAUCGAGCCCAGCUUUUUCAUGGCGGAUUAUCACUUAUUACAUCACUCAGCAGGUGGAAACAGUCUGUCCCCAAAUGAACCGGCAGGCCUCCCCACCAGCUGUGACUUGGAGGAGGGAAUAACGUAUGAGCAGAUGCAGACUGUGAUUGAAGAAGUCCUAGAGGAAAGUGGUUAUUACAAUUUUACUUCUAACAGGUAUCACUCCUAUCCAUGGGGGACCAAGAACCACCCAACCAAAAGAUGAAAAUGCUGCACUUUGAAUGAACUUGGUUCUCCCAGUGAAGUUCAAGUUCGGGACUUCCGCCACCACUGCAAGAUGCCUGAGGACUGGGUGCUGUUAAAAGAGUGUGGAGGAGAAAAGACCACGAUCCCAUGGUGCCGGCAGGACCUCUUUCUGGAGGUCUGGUGCUAGGCUCUGUGAGGGCUGCAGUGCUUGGAGGCUCAAUUCCUGGGAUGCAUUACACACGGGGUGACAGGGCUCCCAGUGUGCUUCUGGGAGAAGAUGCUGCACAUUCACCUGCGGGAAGAAAACCCACUCCUCACAGAACUUUCCUCCAAGUUAGAAAAAAUGAACACCUUGUCAUAUUUUUUCAAAGAAAUAUUUUAUACUUAGAAUUGCUAAGUUCAGAGACAUCUAGCCUUCCAUGUAUACAAAAUAGUUUUAGUUAAAGAAAAUUAUAGGACUCAAAAUAAUAACAUAUGGGGUGAUCCACUGUAUCUCCCAUUUUUUAAUCUUAAAAGAUAUUUAAAAUGUGAUUGAUUUUUUUUGUUUGUUUUAAUGAAAGGAUUGGUUCUCUCUUAACCACUUGGAUGCUAGUGGUCUUGAACCCGGAUACAGUGUAGACAGUAUUGUAACCUUGCACAGCCUCUGGGAAUAACUAUCAAAUAGUCAUAUUUAGGUUAGAGUAAUAGAAUAUAUGGAUGUACAGUGUGUAUAUGUACAUAUGAGUGGGGGCAGAGGGGAUUUGGAUUAGGCUAAUGCUUUGCUGCUAAUCAAACUUAUAGUGUUUUUAGAGCACUUUGAAGAGUUCAUAGAAUCUAUGAGAGAGAUGCAAUAUUUCUUGUUCUAAGUCCCCCCUUACUAAAAUUACAUUGUUAUAAAAUUUUUAUUGUUGAAAAUUUGAAAUGAAUAUAAGUUAUAUAAUAAAA